AUGUUUGAAAAUGGUGUACUUCGAGUUCAUAGUCGACUUGGAGACUGUAACGAAGAAGAUAUUUCAGCUUUUCCAAUUAUCUUACCAAAAAGGUCUCAUAUCACUAAGCUUAUUGUGUUGCAUGUUCAUAAACAAAUGUUGCACAGUGGUACAGGUACUACGUGUGCAGAGUUAAGGAGAAAAUUUUGGAUCGUUAGAGGCAGACAGCUGGUAAAAUCAGUUAUUCAGAAAUGCGAGGUUUGCAAAAGACUUUUAGCUUCACCUGGAUCGGAACCGAUAGCUCCUCUUCCAAGAGAACGGAUGCUGACCUCAAAACCAUUCGAGAUGACGGGUAUAGAUUACGCUGGCCCCUUGUAUAUAAAAAAUCCUACUGACAAUGGUUCACCAUCGAAAACGUACAUUUUGCUGUUGACUUGUGGUGCCAUCAGAGCUGUGCACUUGGAGCUGGUGACGGACUUAACUACAGAAUGCUGUGUGCUGGCUCUAAGACGUUUUUUUGCUAGGAGAGGCAAACCUAGAAUAAUUUACUCCGACAACGCCAAGACCUUUAAGUGCGCGUCAAAGGAAUUAAAGGUUUUGAACGAUAUAGUAGGAUCCGAAUUGGUACAAGGUUUUGCGAAUAACGAAGGCAUCCGAUGGAAGUUCAUAGCUGAAAGAGCAGCCUGGUGGGGAGGUUUCUGGGAACGCCUUGUUCGUAGCGUAAAGGUAGUGCUGAAGCUAACCAUUGGACGAGCAGUGCUUAACUUUGAAGAGCUUCGAACACUUCUUGUCGAAGUUGAAAGCGUUAUUAAUGCCAGACCUUUAACUUAUAUUUCUGAUGAUCCUAAGGACAUUAGUCCUCUUACACCUUCUCAUUUUUUAACUGGUUUUCAUUUUUCCUUAGAUACCUUAGAUAUGCCACGUUUCGAUGAGGGCAAAACCAGUCAUAAUCUUCGAGUUAAAUGGGACGCUAGACUAAAAACGUUGAGAGCUUUUUGGAAACGUUGGAAGCUUGAAUAUCUUCAACAACUUCGAUCACUUCACCAAUAUAAGAUUGGAGGUUCCACGAAGAUUCAAACAAAUGAUGUCGUCAUUUUACACGAUUCAUCCGUAUCGAAGCUGUUUUGGAAACUAGCAGUAGUAGAAGAGGUGUAUCCUGGUCGCGAUGGAAAAAUUCGUGCUUGUAUUAUCAGAUUAGCCGAUGUAACAAGGCUACGACGUCCAGUGCAAUUAUUAUAUAAUCUUGAAAUUGUAUAA